GCGAAAAAUGUCAACAAAAAUUGUCAAAAUUUUAAAAUACAUUCGGAAUGUAAUACUUUUCAACUUUUUAGGCAACUCGACCAAUUUGGAAAUUUGCGCCGAAGACGCCAAGUCACCUUUAUCUUGGUCAAGCGGUGCAGACGACCGCCUCGAAUGUACAGCCUGGGAUGCAGAAUACAUCCAACAUUGGUUGAAACUGGACGAGACACGAUCCACGUUGCAGCAGCAACAUAGAGACAUGCUUGAACUGGAAUACGAUCGCGCCGAACUAGAGGAUUGGAGUUUAAGUUUGUCCAACGACGAUCUAAGAGAACAGUGGAAGAAAAGUGAUGUUACUACUCCGGGGCAGAUAUCUAUAUCGACGUUGCCCAGUAUUCAGGAAAAUAAUGCGUUAGAGCUCGAAGAAGAUUCGAAUGAAUGUUUGUGGAAUAAUUCCAGCUACAUGAUGGACAAGGAAGGCAGAGAACUAGUGACACUUUUGAUGGACGGACCAAAUGGCGAAAAACAUUGGCCCUACGCCAUUUCAAGCAUUGUGCAACAUCAACAAACUUCUCCUGAUAACAGUUGGUCGAGUGGAGCGUCCGAUUGUUGUAAUUCUCACGAACCCGAAACGUGUUCGAAGAGGUCUUCGGUGGCUAGUAGUGAUACGGGAGAAUUGCCCAAUGUAGGAACCGAUUUUACAAGGGAUUUUUAUAGGUUAGUGAAGUUCGAGAGCACUAAAAGUCUGGCGUCGACUUCGUCCAGAAGCUUAGGAGGAGCCUUAAGUGAAAACGGCGAUAACCGAGAAGCUACAUUGCACAAUGUCCUGACAUUCAUAGCUGAGCAACAGAAAUACGUCCAUUCCAGAGAGCCUACGACGAGACCUUGCUCGGUAAACGAGUUGACCAAAGAAUUUAAUAUCGAAGCACCACCACAACAUAUAGACGACAUUAAAAACAGCGACAGCGAUUACAGCAUACCCAAGAGCGAAUCAAAAUCCAGUGAUAACGAAAACUAUGUCACCUUGAAGCAGUUGUGUGAGGAGUAUUGUUUGAAGGAAAAGGAAAAAGAGGAGAGUAGUAAGUGCAGUGGAUUAAUUAAAGAAAAUAAGGAACUCAUUGAAGAUAAUAUAAAGCACGCAAACGAGAUCUGUUUAGUAACACCUAUUGACCAAGAAAGCGAAAAUUGUUCCAACAUCAGCGAACAUCCCGUGGAUAUAUGUAGCAGCGUCAGCGUUGAAAUAACUUCAACCGAUUACCAAAGUUGCGUGUUACAGGAAAGUGAUAAAGACAAAGAAAAAGGUGAUAGUGUAAUUAGCGACUUAACAAAAUCUAGUGAUACGACUAUUAGUGAUAUUUCUAUGAAUAAUUGUACUAGUGAAUCUUUGACUUCUAGUGUUAGUACGCCGGAUACGGUAGUUUCGAAGAUACCGAGAAGGAAAACGGCGUCGAGGAUUCCAGUUAGUCCGGCGAGGGUGAUAGCCGUUAAUAAUAACAAUAAGGAAAAUGUUAAAGAAACGAAGAUACCAAAGAGCAAAAUACCACAUAAGAGCAACAAACCAAAACAAAAGAAAAUAGUACACGUGCAGCAAAACAAUUCGCCGCAGCAUAUAGUAACGUCGGAGAAAUUACCUCAAAGCACAUCUGGCGUUCUGAGCCACAUAAUCGAAGGACCACCUCAUAGAGCAGUUAGUUUUCACGAACGAGCGACCUCUAAGGAUGUCAUCGACGAACUGAACAGGAUGAUCAAGAGCGGAGAUGAAAUCAGUGUUAGCCAGGAAAACAGCGAAGGAACGAACAGUAAACUGGAUCAAGCGUGUAGACCUACGGGAUGGGUGCAUGUUGAAAAGGAUAUUGACCUGGCUGAUCCUAAGGCAAGGGCCAAUUUGUUAGACGUAAUGAUGGCGUCAGUAUCGAGUGAUUCUUCUCCGACGUCUUCGUGUGGGGGAAGUGUGGCUAGUGAUUCGACGGAAGACCCGCCGGAUUAUGGACAUCUCCAUAGAAUACACAAAUAUCAUCGGCAGAAAAAAGCUUCCACCUCGGCACCGUGCACGCCAAUGACGGAGACUACAGUGUGAAAAAAAUGCUUGUAGCCAACGCCGCCAGGCCCGAACUGGCCGUCGUCAGGGCCGGACUUCCUCUCAACCGACCCACGAUUAUCGGCAGACCUGACUUCUACGUCCGCUACGGCUCCAAGGAAAAGGAGGCUGUGGCGUCUUUCGACUUCCUGGACGAGUUGAGCACCACCAGCAGCUCGUUGAGCUGUUCAGUCGAAGAAACUUUAGACGAAGACGUCGACGAAGCUGCGCAAAAUGAAGAGUGCGUGAUCCAGUGUAAAAAUAGCGAGGUUUAGAUAUUUAUUUUGAGUUUUGGAGAACUGUACCUUUCUUUUAAAUAAAUCAAUCAAUAUUUGAUUGAGCAAUGUUCAAAUUUUACAAUAAAGCAGUUUUUUGACUAUAUAUUUGUUAUUUUUGAAAUAAACACGUCAGUUUUGUGCUGUGUACUCGAAAUUUUGAUAAUACUGAAGGUGUAAUGUAUUUGGAUAAUAAAGAAAAAAAGGACGAAUUAAAGCUAGAUAAUAAAUGGGAACAGUAUUGUUCAGAUCUUUUCUUGUGGCAUUUUAAUAUUAUUUACUACCAUCAAAUAGAAUUAACCACAAUUUUAGUUUAAAAUACAUUUAUUUUGACGUUUUGAUUUCCACUUCGGAAAUCAUUGUCACAAUACAAAUUUAAUACAAAUGAAAUCGUAGGCUUCCACGGCCAGAGUCAGAAUUAUAGUUUAUUCGUCUUCCGGGUUUGGACCGUGUCAUUUGUGAGUGACCCAAAAGUGGGUUCAUCUCGACGUUUCGCUACAAUUGUAUGUAGCUUCUUCAGGAGAACAAAGAAAAAGAAAUCAAAAGACAGGAAGAUGGGUAGUUAGCAACGGUAACUCAGUUACUCAACGCAACCAGAGGCGAAUACUAACUACCAAGAUGGGCAUUUGGUCACAGUAACUCAACUACUUAACGCAGCCAGAGGUGAAAACCAAAUGCCAGGACAGGGAUUCACGUCCAACAGCUCAGAACACUAACGCGUCAAGAGGCGGGGAGUGAAUCCUCU